UUUUUUUUGUCAGCAAUUGUUCUUGUUCUUAUCCAACUGUGGAAGGAGGGGGAUUCGCGUGGCCUGUGUUGGCUUGGCGCAGUGAAGCUCUCUUUUUUCUGUGUGCUUUUGAGUUGUUGUUUUCUUCUUGCUGUUACCCAAAGGAAAAAGUGGUACUUUUUUCUGUUGACAGAAGCCACGAGUCAUCUUAUUUUAAGGCCAAGCAGGCAUUUCCAGGUCGAUGAAUGGAUGGUUUGAUAAUUUUUAGUACUAAUCGAAUGGUUGGCUGCAGAAAGCAUCGGACUUUCUCAUUGCUGCCUGAUAUUUUUGACCUAAAGCUAUUUCCUUUAUUGUGAAAAAUUUUAAGAAAUUUCCAAUUGGAAAAUUUUGGGAGGAGGUGUGGAUGAGGAGGUGUUGAGUUGGGUCGGUGGGGUGGCCAUAAAUCUGGCCUACUGUGAUCUCAAACCCUAAAAAGACCAGAGUUGGAUCGUCUUUCUUUCUUGUUGACAGUCAUCAAAAACAAAUAGACACUGCCUCAGGUAAUUACCCAAAAACGGAAAAGGAAGUAAAGGUCAGAUUUUUACCGUCUUUGGACCAAGACAGCUUGAUUUCUAUCUAUCUCAUUUCUUGGAUUUUCACUCUUGGAUUUGGUUGAUUUUGACUAGUGCAAGGAAUUAGAUUACUACCUGUAUUGGUUGUUAAGCACCCGGUAGCUGCCAUUUUUGGUCCGCAAUUUAUUGCUGCGUUAAUUUGCUUGUCUGUAACCAGAUAGAAACCAUAUUAGUUUUUGGUGGAUACCUUGAAGACGUUACUUGCUUAAUUUGAGGAUUGAAGUUUCUUAUUUCUGUGUUGCUGGUCCUGAAUUUUUUGGGAGCUAAAAGCACCUGCUACUUUCAGUUGCUGUCCGUGUCUUUCAGUUGAUUGUUUGUUGUAUUUAAUAGUGUUUGAGAACAGUCAGGAACAGAAAGAUGCAUCCUAGGCACCGAAGUCCUGGAGAUGGUUACAGGUCUAGUUCGAUGGGAAUUGGUUUGGGUGCCUCGAGGGUAUCCCCAGAUAGUUCAGCUAGAGGCCAUGGGUUUUACAAUUCUGAAUACCGAAGCUUCAAUAACCGUGGUUUUGGCCGUGGCCAGGGCCAGCCCAAGUCUUUUCAACAACCACCACAGCCACCACCACGCAAAGGGGACAUUUUGAUGGAAGCUGGCAGACUUGCAGCUGAGUAUUUGGUUUCCAAGGGAUUGUUACCUCGAAAUGCACUUUCUGGUAGGUGGCAGAAUGGUAGUUUGAGGAAGCAAGCUGGAGAUUACCAGGACUUUAGGCUACAAGAGGACCUUACACAGGAGGGCCGGACAUCUGCCCAUGCCCGCCUAAGAAAUGUUUCUUCUGAUGUUGGAACAGGUAGAAGGUAUUCUGAUGACUUCAAUUCGAGGAAUCACGUGAAAGUCAGGAGGAGAGGAGAGUAUUAUCAUCGGAGUUAUAGUUCAGAGUGGGGCAGAGAAUAUGGGAGAAUUGGGUCGUGGUCAGAUAGAAAUCGGAUGUCUGUUGAUAUGGAGGGGGGUGAUCACUCUAUUUCUGGAAAUUAUGAAGAGCUUCAAGUGGGUGAUGAAACGUUUGGUCUGAGUGGAUCAGCCCCAGAAAAUGAGGAAGCAACUGAUAUGGAAUUAGUAGCAGAGUACAACAAUGCAGAUGAAAUGUAUCCCAAGGCAAGUUCUUUUAGCAUUGAGAAAGAUGAGACUGAUGGAGAGCCUUCUAAGGUGUCUGAUGAUUUGACAAACUUGAAUUCUGGGAAUGAGGAGAUGAAAGACUACAAUCAUAGUCAUGAAACUGAGAAAAAAACUAUUCCUGAGGCCUUAACUAUCCAUCCCUGUGCAGUGGAGGGUGCUCUUUCUAGCAGGCAUGGAUCUGAUUUGCUAGCAUUCUGCAAAUUUGUAAAGGUUCCAACCAAAACACGCUCUGCAUUAACAUACAGGUUCCCCAAGGUUGACCAAGUUCAUAACAAGGAAGAGGACAAUGCAUCUGAUACUGGGCCUCCCAAAGGAUCCAAAAUCUCCGUUCCAGAUGGCGCUCUUGAUUUCUCCGCAGCCGAUUCACUACCAAAUACAAGUCACGAUUCAAAAUGCGAUCCUGAAAUGUCUAAAGGAGUGCCCGCACAUUCUAAUGUGGCUGUAGGAGAAUUUGGCUCCACAUAUGGUUCGGGGCAGGGUAAUAGAGAUUUUAUGCUUGACAGUGAGCAAGAAUUAGGUCAGGGGAUGCCAGGUUUUGGAAGGUCCACCUCGGUUAAGGAGAGAGGUGAGAAAGGAACUGCGGAAGACAGUGAUACUAACAAGGCAACCAAGAAGCCUAGAGAAUGGCUUCCAUCCUUGGUUAGUACAGCUACUGACCAUCUUCAUCUCUCUAAUUUAAGUCAAAAUCAAGAUAUUUCACAAGUAGGGAAGGCUUCACCCGAUCAUCCAGUGAUUGUUGCUGUCACUCAUGACAACUUGGUUAACAGUCAUCAAUUUCCAAAAUCUGGGGGUGAACCAAGUGUUGAGUAUUCACAAGAGAAACAGCUUUUUCCAAGUUCAUUUAAAAUCUGUGACCUUAAUCUAAUGGAAGCUUCUGAAAUGACUGAUAGUCAUUGUAACGACCCACCCCUUAUGUACCCGUCUAUCACAGCAAGCAAAAAGGAAGCAGCACAUUUUGACAUUGAUUUGUCAAUAAGCAAAUCAAAUAAUGGCAGAAAUAUUGAAGUCAUUGAUUUGGAGAAUGAUUCCACCUUAGAAGAUAAGGCUUUUGACAAUUCACAUAGAAAGGAAACAACAUUUACUGGCGCAGAAGGUUUUCCCAAUAAUGCACAGAAUGCUGGAGAUAUAACUGAGGUUCCGGAUAGCUAUGAUGGUCUUACGAUUUCACAGCUCCUUACCGCUUAUUCAAACUGUACUUCAGUACUAGAGGACAUUAAUCCACUGCAGAAUGAGAUGAGUCCUCACAAUGGAGAGGGGACUCUUGGCGAUGAUGACUCAAUUUACAUGUCUCUAGCAGAAAUACCAUUAAGCUUUAUACCAGCUUGGGAGCAGCCGACAACACAGGAGUAUGGGAAGCCUUUUUGAUCUGCAAUCCUUGUAGUCUGCAAAGGAAUACUAGUGGUAUAUAUUUACUAUUGCUCAUUUGGGUUCUUUUGUUACAUUGGCUAGCUCAAUCCAAAUGCAGCCUUGGUUUUAGUUUUGAUGUUGCUGAUUGUAGGAAUGGUGUAUGCUUUUAUUUUAUUGGCUGUAGCACUCAUUUGUAUAAGAGAAAAGCGUUUAUCAUAUUGAUUAGAAGUGAUUCGGAAA